GGAGAGGGAGAGUCAUGGACUGCCGCUGGACACUUCUACUCGAAGGAUUACAUGAAUUCAGGAUUAUUUACGAUACUUAACUCUCACAAAUGGAGAUAUUUACUUUAAAGGAAGGAGUCUAUUUGCCAGCUCUCGUUUUUGGACCGGCCUUUAGUUCAAUAACACAAUAUAACAAGACUUUUCUCAACUUUACAUGCUAACCGAUGCUAACUCAAAUCAAUGCCAGACAUCUGCGACUCCUCGAGACACAGCGGAUUUUUUCUUCUUUUCAUUUAACUGUAUUUGAUUUGUUUUUAUAUUUGACUAUAUUAACUUUGUAUUCCCGGAAAUCAGAGUUUAAUAUGAAUUCUUUUGUGGAUUUAUCGCUGAAGAAAGCGCUGAAAACUCCCACAUCACGACGAACCGCUGAGGAUCUGAACAUCAUCUACACUCACCUCUACCACAUGGAUGUGCUAUCUCACCUCAGAGAACACCAGCUAAGGUCCAUGUGCAUGACGGCGCGGUAUGAACACCAUGGAGCUAACCGUAUUCUCUUCUAUGCUGACAGCAUCUCCACGUGCUGGUACAUCCUGCUCACAGGCUCAGUGUUUGUGAAGGAGCACAUGUAUCUGGCCCGAUGCUGUUUUGGGACGCAGCGUGGAGGAAGACGAGGCUGUGAAUGCAUCACUUUAGAGCCGUCAGAAAUGAUUGUGGUGGAGAAUGCCAGCGAUAGCGAAGACACAGCUCUACAGAGAGAUGGAUCUCAGCAACAGUCACGGCGGCGCUUUCAUAAGGUCAACCCUCGAGGAGAGCGGCAACUCAUUACAGACAAUCCGGAGCCCUCACCGACGGAUUAUGCAGAUGAGCAGCUUCCUGGUGACCUCAGUAAGAUGCACCUGACUGAGCACCCCCACCAACAGAUGCACAUGCCUCCCAGCCAAUCAGGAUGCAGCAUCGCCAGUGACUCGGGGAGCAGUAGCCUAUCUGACAUCUACCAGGCCACAGAGAGUGAGAUGGGUGACGUAGAUCUAUCCGGUCUCCCUGAAGCUCCCGUGGACUCGGAGGAAGAGGAGGAAGAUGAAGAUAUAGAGCGUUCCUCAGAGGCUCUUCUGGUCAGAGAUCUGGUGCGAGAGUGUUUGGAGAAAGAUGCUGUGGAUCGGACUGAUGAUGACAUUGAGCAGCUCCUGGAGUUCAUGCAUCAGCUGCCGGCGUUUGCUAACAUGACCAUGUCUGUGAGAAGGGAGUUGUGUGGGGUCAUGAUGUUUGAGGUGGUGGAACAGGAGGGAACCAUCAUACUCCAUGACAAACAGGAGUUGGACCUGUGGUACGUGAUCCUGAACGGUGCUGUGGAGAUCUCUUAUGGAGAUGGCCGAGCAGAGAUCCUGUGCAUGGGCAAUAGUUUUGGCAUCUCACCGUCUUUAGACAAACAGUUCAUGAAUGGAGUGGUGCGCACCAGAGGAGACGACUGCCAGUUUGUAUGUAUCGCUCAAGAGGACUACUGCCGCAUCCUCAACCAUGUGGAGCAGAACACACACAAGGUGGAGGAGGAGGGCGAGAUCGUCAUGGUAAAGGAGCACAGAGAGCUAGACCGCACCGGGACCAGGAAGGGCCACAUCGUCAUUAAGGGCACCCCUGAGCGUCUGAUCAUGCAUCUAGUGGAAGAGCCUUCAGUGGUGGACCCUACUUACAUUGAGGACUUCCUGCUCACAUAUCGCACCUUCCUGUCCAGCCCCAUGGAAGUGGGCAAGAAACUGCUGGAAUGGUUCAAAGUGGAUAGUCUGAGAGACACGGUGACGAGGAUCGUGUUGUUGUGGGUGAACAAUCAUUUUAAUGAUUUUGAAGGAGAUCCUGUCAUGGCUCAGUUCCUGGAGGACUUUGAGAAGCUACUGGAUUCCUCAAAAAUGAAGGGUCAUCUGCGGCUGCUGAACAUCGCAUGUGCUGCUAAAGCCAAGUGUCGUCAGAUCACCCUUCAGAAGACAUCCAGAGAGUCUCCGCUUUUCUUCGCGUUGCAGGGCGGCAGUGACCGGGGCUUUGGUAUCUUCAUCGAGAGCGUGGAGAAGGCCAGUAAAGCUGCAGAGGCCGGACUCAAACGUGGUGAUCAGAUAAUGGAGAUCAAUGGGCAGAACUUUGAGAACAUCUCGUAUUCCAAAGCGAUGGACAUUCUGAAGAACAAUACGCACCUUGCUUUGACUGUAAAGACCAACAUCUUUGUUUUCAAAGAGCUUCAGAGCCGUGUGUGGCACGAGAAGAAGAACGGUGGUCCUCACAUCCCCAAGAUUCAGGAGAAGAAGAGCAACCGCUUCUCCAUCCCCGAUCUGCCUGGAGACAUGGAGUUUCCUACUGACAAUAAGAGUCACAAGAAGAUGAAGGCCAACACAGUGUCUGGAGGACGCAACAAGAUCCGCAAGAUGCUGGAGAAGACCAGAUUCAGCAUCCUACCACCUAAACCCUUCAGUGAUGGUGGUGUGGCUCAGUCUCAGGAUGACAGUAUCGUGGGCACCAAACAGUGCCGUCACAGCGUGGCGAUCAUGCCCAUCCCGGGUAGCCUGUCCUCCAGCAGUCCUGACCUGCUACAGCCUGUGGCCAGCGCACUAGACUUUAACAACCCUUCAGACAUUCCAGACCAAGUGAUCCGUGUGUUCAAGGUUGACCAGCAGAGCUGUUACAUCAUCAUCAGUAAAGACACCACAGCUAAAGAUGUCGUCUCACAUGUAGUCAGUGAGUUUGGUCUCAUUGCCGCGUCUGAAACCUACUCGCUCUGUGAGGUGUCUGUCAGUCCUGAGGGGGUCAUCAAACAGCGCCGACUGCCUGACCAGCUCUCCAAACUAGCUGACCGCAUUCAGCUCAACGGCAGGUACUACCUGAAGAACAACAUGGAAACGGAGACGCUGUGCUCGGAUGAAGAUGCUCAGGAUCUCUUGAGGGAAAGUCAGAUCAGUCUUCUGCAGCUCAGCACGGUGGAGGCCGCAGCUCAGCUGUCCAUGCGAGACUUCAGCCUGUUCCGCAACAUUGAGUCUACAGAGUACGUGGAUGACCUGUUCAAGCUGGAUCCGGGUGGUGGUAGCAACAGGCAUCUGAAGCAGUUUGAGGAUGUCAUCAACCAGGAGACCUUCUGGGUUGCAACUGAGAUACUGCGCGAGUCCAACGCAAUUAAACGCAUGAAGACUAUCAAACACUUCAUCAAGAUUGCUCUGCACUGUCGCGAGUGCAAGAACUUCAACUCCAUGUUUGCCAUUAUCAGUGGUCUUAAUCUGGCUCCAGUGGCUCGAUUAAGGAGCACAUGGGAGAAACUGCCCAGCAAAUAUGAGAAACUGUUCCGGGAUCUUCAGGACAUCUUUGACCCAUCACGCAACAUGGCCAAAUACCGCAACAUACUGAGCAGCCAGAGCGUCCAGCCACCAAUCAUCCCGCUGUUUCCUGUGGUGAAGAAAGACCUCACCUUCCUACAUGAAGGUAACGACUCUAGUGUGGAUGGCUUGGUGAAUUUUGAAAAAUUACGAAUGAUCGCCAAGGAGAUUCGGCAUGUUGUGCGCAUGACUUCAGCAAACAUGGACCCAGCGCUCAUGUUCAGACAGAGGAAGAAAAGGUGGAAGAGUUUAGGGUCUUUGAGUCAGGGCAGCACCAACUCAAACCUGCUGGACGUUCAGGGCAAUCAUAAGAAGCGUGUGAGGCGCAGCUCUUUUCUUAAUGCCAAAAAACUGUACGAGGAUGCUCAGAUGGCGCGGAAGGUGAAGCAGUAUUUGGCACACCUGGAGGUGGAGACGGACGAGGAGAAGUUCCAAAUCAUGUCGCUGCAGUGUGAACCGGCCUACAGCACGUUAUCUAAGAACCUGAACGAGCGGAGGUCCACUAAAUCAGACAUGUCUCCAGUGUCCAUGCGCACGGGUCUGUCCUCGGCCAAGUCUCAGAACCGUGUCUCUCAGGUGCUUCAGGUUCCACCUGUCAGUCUUUACCCUCUACGCAAGAAGAGCAUCGCUAAAGAUCUGGCAGCUUCAUUCAGUCCAAACUCCCCUCAGAUGGUAAAGAAAGCAACUGAUGACACGUGUGUAAAGAGACUUGAAGACACAUCCACCGUUUCGUCCCUGCACUCCAGUCCUACAGUCUCUCCUCAGGGAUCUCCACGCAAAGUGGGCGGAGCUCCGAAGCAGAACUGCAGUCAGCUGAACCUGUCGGGCUCGUCCUCAUCCCUCACCAGCGAGGUCAGCAGUAGAGCGGGAGCCAGUGGCGCCGCCAGCCGCACAUACGGCAUAGGUUAUGCUCUCAUGCCAGUGGGCCGGUCCGAUCUGUCUGACUCCAGUGAGAUAUCGUCCCGCUCCAGUAUCGUCAGUAACUGCUCUGUGGACUCAAUGCCCACAGCAUCCUCUGUUAUCUGCCCACCGGAGGCCAUCACAAACACACAAUCUGACUGCAGUCAGCCUGGCACAAGUUCAUCUUUAGCACGACACAUGAUCAGAGGCUCCACGUUCACCUCCUCCACCAGCACUGAAGAGCUGACUGCCCCCGAGCACACCUCCACCUGUGAGACAGCAGACAGCGGACGUGGGAGCUGGACUUCCUGCUCCAGUAAUUCACACGACAGCCUGCAGACACUCCCGGGCCAGCGAGCUCUGGACCUGCUGAACCAUCGCCACACGCCCAUGGGCGGCCCCAUCGCUGAGGUGGAAAUCGGGCCAGGUCUGCCUGAGGACAGUCACACGAGAGACGGUUCUGAACUCAGCCAGUUCAGACAGAGCUGGACCUCCUCCAGUUCAUUGUCUGACACAUAUGAGGGCAAUUACGGGACUAUCAAACGAAAGACAGCAGAUCCCUCUGCCAAUGAUGGACAGCACAGCACAGAUCCUGCGUAUAAAACGAUCACCUCCAGCACAGAGAAAGGACUCAUAGUGUACUGUGUCACAUCGCCUUGUAAAGACGAUAGGUUCAAAGCAGCACCCCCCACUCCACCGGGUUACCAGGGCCUGACUCUGGGGGACGUGCAUUUGCAGGAGGGAGGAGUCUUACGGCAGCCACACAUAAAGCCGCCCGAGUAUAGUGUGGCGUUGCAGAGGUGCAAACUCCGACAGAGCCUGGCUGAGCAGAGACUGUCCAAUCCGCCCAGUGUUAUUCUGCUGCCUCAUGCAGAUAGUGAGGAGGACGAGCAGGUGUCUGCAGUGUGACUCCAUUUUUUUGUGAUGGAAUGAACAUCUGCCAUUCACGCUCAACACAUUCAUCUCGACAUAAAGCGUGCCGAACAAACGAGCAGACAACCGUUUACUUCAGUUGAAUAAGUUCAUGCCAUAGAAGAUACUGAUCAGGUUUACAGCAGUGAAGAUAUGAUGAAGAUAUUUCAUGAUGGGAGCUGUUUUCUUUUUCUCUUCUUAAUCCUCAACAAACUAUGAGUUGAAACUAUGAAUAGAAAGAGCUUUCAGUGACUGCCGAAAGUUCUGGAAUAUUGCGUAUUUCAACAAAUGCAGAGCUUUAAAAUACUCCAUAGAAUGUUUAAUUUUGAUCAUUACAGAAAUCAAGCCUGUAUCUUUACUGGAGAUACAUUUGUAGUGUUCGGAAUGGCAUACUAGAAUACUGCACACUGUACACCAUAAACUUUCUACUGUUAUUUUUAAAACUUGUAAGUGAACCUGAUAGCAUUAUGGCUGUCAAAAGGGCUGAGAAACUAAAUUCAGAUUUUUCACUUAAAUAUGACCAAUUUUCUAUUUGCAUUCAAAUUUUAAAAGUUAUAUUUUAAUUAGGGGGAAAAAAGCUAGAAGACACCAGUGAUCACCAUAUAUUUAAAUCGGGAUUAAGUCCACAAGAGUGCAGAGAAUACAUAGAAAACAAACAGCACUGUUUUAUAUUGUUUAUAGCUGAAAACAGGCAUUCAAGAUCAAGUGCGUUCAAUUAUAAGAUCAAAAGAUUUUUAGCCAGGUUAUAUUCUCAACACUUAAGUAAAAGAGUAAAACGAGAAAAGAAGUGCUACUACAGAUACCACGGUAAUUAAGCUUCAAAAAAGAGAUGGAACUACUGUGAACUACCUUUAUUUUUUAUGAACAGUAGUAAUAUUCAAAGGUAUUAGUGCUAUUCUGUUGAACUCAGUUGUGAAGUGGCAUUUGUGGCUCAGACUCCAGCAUUCCAUUACAGACAUAAUGACAUGGAUCUAAUCCCAAAGCUACAGUAGGGGCUGUUCAAACAAGACGUUAGACAGACCGCAACAAAAACAGCAUGUACCUCAAUACGCAUUUUUCUGAAUUGAACUCCUUUCAACUUCACACAACGUUUUAAAACACACUGCAUAGGGGCCGUUCAAACCUACUUUUAGGGCUAGGAAUCUAUUCCAAUAAGAAACGAUUCCGAGGUGUUGGGAAUCGAGAAUCGACUUGAAACAUUGGAAUCGACUCCAAAGCUGGAGAAAACCGGUUGAUAUUUUCGGACUGUGUUUAUUUCCUCAACCACUGAACUACUACACAUUUUAGAAGCCUAACAGCACUAAUACAAUUUACUAAAAGAUUAUAAAUGACUGCAGCUUCACGAUCAUCAACCUGACUCUGAGUCAUUUGUUGUCCUUAGCAUCUGUAAAUCCGCUCUGUUUGUUCAUCUGUAUGAAGCAAUCACACAAGCCCUUCAUCUACCUGUAUAGUCUGCUGGUAUUUUACUUUGGAUUAAACUAAUAAUAUAGUAACAUACCAAAUUGUGACAGUAAAUUGGCAUACAAUAACAACACAAGUCUGCAACAAGGAGAUGGCAGAGUUGAGUCCGCUUCCCAGUUCACAUCAAUAAAUCGGUAUGUAAAAUAUUAAAUAAUCAGUGUGCUGCACUUAUUAAAGUGAGAAUCUAAUGUGUCUGUACUCGUUCUCAACAUUUUUACAGUUUUAAAACCUUUUGCAUAUAUUUCUUUUUUAAUUAGCCCGCAUUUUACCCAAUUUUACCUUUCAAUUAUAUUUAAAAAAAAUUACAAUAAUACAAAAACAAAACAUGUAGAUACACAUAAAGAAAUGUAUAUAUAUUUUUUAUAUUGUUGGACUUUUUAAUAAAUCUGAGGUUUAUUGUUUGGACAUUUUAUUUAGUGUACAAACGGUAGUGGACAGUUACUGCACAUUCUACACUACACACAUUGUGAGUGGUAACAGACAAUUUCAAAAUAGUUUAAAGGGGGGUCACACACUGGAUGUGUCUGGUGGACAACAUGGCAUGUUCUAAUAUUAGAAAGAACUGUUUGCAAUGAAGGUACACACAUCACCGCCGCCACUCAGUGUCUGCUGACGGUACCAGCAACGACUGCGGAGGUUACUCAAAUUUUUGCCGUGUCAAGGAGCGCAGCUCGCAUAUUUUCUAUUAAAUUCAACCCAAAUAAUUAUCAAAGGACAUCGAUUAUUUACUUUAGUGUUCUUCAUCCCCAGUGUUGUGGAGUAAUGAAAUACAUGUAACAUGAUUAUGUAUUUAAAAUACAAAAUAUAAGUAACUGUAUUCCACUACAGUUACAAUUUAAAUCAAUGGUAGUUAGAAUACAGUUACAUUCAAAAGUAUUUUGAUUACUGAAGAGAUUACUUUGCAUUUAAUUGUAAUUUGUUUCAUUUAAUAUUUAGUCCUUUCAGAUGGAAAACAUUUCUACAUAGAAAUGAUGCGAUCCAAAGAGCAUUUGAACAGCGGUGAAACACUUUCUUAUGAUGUGUUACAUUCAUACGAGCAGACAGAGAAGUACGUUUGGAGUAAGUUUGGAGCACAAGAAGAUGCUAAUUCUAGCCUUUUUACAUGCUCAUGUUAUCAGGCACAAUCAUAUUUUCUAUCAAGAAAAUUCACAUUGGAUCAAAAUAUCUUUUUUUCUAGUAAGACCUUUGAUAUUAGAGCAAAAAUCAUAUUCUUGAUGAUAUUUUUUGUAUUGUUUUCCUGUAAAAAUAUCUAAAAAUCCUUAAAAUAAGAUCAAUUAGAUUGAUCUUGUUUUAGAAAAUACACUGCAUAAGAUAUUUAGGUUUUGAAAAUGUGUAUUUUGUCUUACUGUACUGUCAGAGUUUUUAUAGUCAAAACAAGUGAAAAUAAUCUACCAGUGCUGAAGAAGUAAUCCAAAGUAUUUAGAAUAUAUUACUGACCUUGAGUAAUCUAAUGGAAUACAUUACAAAUUACAUUUUACAGCAUGUAUUCUGUCAUCUGAAGUGUAACCCUCCCAACCCUGUUCAUUCUUGAACAAAGGAAAAACUUUGGUAACUUUUGUGUGUACUGUCUGCAACCUGAACCGCAUCGACGUGCCUCGUGUUUAAUACCUGUGCCGUGUCCUAGCUGCAACGAGGUGGCGCUUCUCAUCCCGGGUGCGACCCCCUUAAUACUAUUUGUGGUAGUUCUUUGAAAUACAAGCACAUCUACUCAAACUUUCCUUGAUUUUAUCUCAUGAGAUCGAAUCAUCGCGCUUUGGUUUGUGCAUACAGGCCCUGAUUUAAUUUUAGAAUGGACCUAAUAAUUGUGAAUGUCAUUCAUGCUAUUAUAAAUGGAGCAAAGAGCGCUUUGAAGUGAGCAGUUUAUUAUGAGAUUUAACUCUACCUCCCGUUUUUUGGGAAUUGAAAAAGAAUUGAAUAAAUGAAUCUCAUGGAAUCUAUUCCAAAAUCUGGAAUCAGAGUCGAUUCCAAAAUUUCUGGAAUCUAACAGCCCUACCUACCACUAAAAAACAUAGAUGCAGUGCAUAUAACAGAAUGCAGAUGUCGCAAGACUAAAAAAUGUUUUACAUUCUUUUAACACCUUACACAGUGUGAGAAAAAUGGCCUUUUUGAUAUUACUGCAGGAUGACUCAUCACACUGGAAUUGGAAUUCACUGGAAGGCAUGCUCUGUAUAGGCUGCUACACAUUUGGUAAAUCUGGGUAUUGUGUGCGUACAGAAAGUUGAAGUUGAUGUGUACAAUAUAGAAACUAGGCUAUACUGUAUACUGCAGAAGUAGUAAGAGAAGUAUAUUAGUUUGCCAUUCCGAACACAGCCAAUGUGAUCUCAGAUGUUUCUAAACUGAAGUUUACAACCUAUUACAAAUGAUAUUUAUGAACAGACAGCCUGGCUACAUGUUGCUGUUAUAAUAGACAAAGCAUGUCAUGUUGCUACAGAUCUAACAUAAAUGUUAUGUAAAUGUACAACACUUGGUCAAAUUAAGAUUCAUAUAUGGAAAAUCUUGCUACAUGACUUCCCCUCAUGUCGGUUCUCAUAUCCAACUGAAGUAUUGACCUGCUACACUGUUCAGAGACAAACGUUUAAUGUACUUUUAUGAUGCACUGUUUUUUUGUUUUGUUUUAUAAAGCAGGUUUUAUUUGUUUGAGUUGAUGAACAAAGCUCAUGGGUUUUUACUGCAGCUGCACAUCUGCAUUAACACUGUCAGACUGUAAUGCUUCAACAUUGCACAUUCUUGCAGCAUUGAGUGUGUUUACACAGAUUAUUAACAUUUGUUUACAGUAUUUCUUAGAGCUAAUGGUUGUCGAUUUCAGAACUGAAAUACGCAAUUGUGCCGUGUGUGGCUAGAAGUAAUGUUUUUUUUUUUAUGCAAUAAGAAUUGUGUGGACGCUGCACUUGGGACUUGACCUCAACCUACAUCUGAUUUGUAUAGUGUCAGCUAUUGGAUUUGCUACUCCUGUUGUUGUAUAUAGUGACCAAGAAAUCAAUUACAGCUUGUCAAGAAAAAUAUAUUUAUAUGCUAGAUGUGCAUUUUCAUUCCUAUUUAGUUAAUGCUCUUUGGAAAGUACAUUUUGUAUAGAAUGCAAAUGUUUAAUAGUUGUUGCUCUGUAAGCAAAUAAAUACAUUUGUACAUGGACGAAACCUUUGCUGUAUAUGGUUAAAACAAGACAAAAAAUGUAUUAUAUCAAGGGAUAUAACUGGACUGGAGUAUUACAUUUUUAUGAUUUACCUGUCUGGACUUUUUCAUUAUUACUAUUAUUAUGUUGCAACUAUGUUGUUGCUUAAUAAGGUUUUUUUUUUUUUCUUCUUUUUUUUUUUAAACAUUUUGUUGUAAAUUAAUUUCACUGAUCAUGUACAGCUGAGAAGAGAAUGCUCUAUAAAAACUAUAUUGAAUAUUUUGUUAAAAUAAAUCUGGGGUUGUGACUGCUCCUGUUAUGGCAUAUAAUUCUGUUAUAAUUUAUUUUAUGUCAACUACAUCCCUUUUUCUUGCCUCUAAAAUCUAAAUCUUAAAUGUGCAAUUGCAACGAUCGGUUAAAAAAUACAUUUUCUGGUUUAAAGUUAAGCUCCAUGGGGAGUAUCUGUUGAACAUAAUUAGACUAAUUGUGGUUUCUUAAUUAAAAAUAAUAAACAGAAACCCCAAUAAACCGAAAUGCACUGCAAUAAAAGUCAAUGGGGCAACCAUUGAACAGUUUGUAAAAUCAGAAAAAUGCCCCAUAGACAUCCACUGCUAAAUAUCAAAGCAUGUUUUUUGUUUAUACAAACUGUCAUGCGAGUCAAUCCUGGAACAUUCCUUAAUCUGUGCAUAGAGCUUGAAUGAGAAGAUUUAAUUUGGAGUUUGGACUGAUGUAUUUUAGAGCACAAUAGAUAUUUGGUAAUGCAUUUUGGAUAUUCAAUUCUAUCUUCUUCCUCGUUCCAUAUAACACAGUAUUAUAUUUAUGAAUUAGGACGUUAAUAAAUGUAUAAUUGUUGAGGUGGGUCCAGUCAGUGCAUAUUGGGCUCAACACAAUUUGGUUUUCAGGUAAGCAUUUCAUAUCAGGUUUUAUCUUUGAAUGGCUCAAGGUAAAUCAUUUGCAGCAGUUCAGUCUUUUCUAGAGUGUUUCUAGAGUGCUAGAGUUGUUGCUCUGUGUAUACUUCGCUGGAAUGCAGUACACUAGACGCCUUCAGCUUACAGUGUUACAUUAAUGACAUGUUAAAAACUUGUUAUAUUUUUGUUUCAGAUAAAAUAUACUGCUAUGACUAGGGUCUGUAAUAAAAAUGUUAAUUACAGUGGUGGUUGGUUUGUUUUGUCUUUAAAGUGCUUAAGGUAAUUGCCACAUCUUGGAUGGACUUGUGCCUUGUUUGUAAAUAUGAGUAGAA